ACAGGCAACGAAGCCCAGCUCUCGUUUGCAGCCACUUUGCCCCAGCCACUCCCACCUCGCAGCAGCACCCCCCCCUCCCCUCCCCCUCCCGUACCGCCGCAUCGCUCCCGCUGCGUACACACCGCCUGGAGAGAGCCAUGGCUGACACGACUUCUGCCGAGCCCCGGCCUGCGUCGACUCCUGCCGAGGACGGUGCUGACGGCCCGUCGGACGUUGUCGUCCCGGCGCCCUCGGCUUCGACCGAGCUCGUCCCCACGCACCCGCUGCACCGUACGUGGUCGCUGUGGUACGAUCGCCCCGACCGCAAGACGUCGCAGCAGGACUGGGCCAAGAACCUCAAGCGGGUGUACGACUUUAACACGGUCGAGGACGCGUGGGCCCUGUUCAACAACGUGGCGCCGGCGUCGGGUCUCCGCGUCUCGUCCAACUACCAUCUCUUUGUCAAGGGCGUGGAGCCGUCGUGGGAGCACGAUGCCAACCGCAAUGGUGGCAAGUGGGUCAUCACCCUCAACAAGCCGCGCGACAAGAAGCAGAUCGACAACGUGUGGAUGUACACCGUCCUCGCUAUCAUCGGCGAGUCGUUUGACCAGGCCGAGGAGAUCUGCGGCGCUGUGUGCUCGGCUCGCAAGAAGCACGACCGUGUCGCCGUCUGGACCGCGGACGCGUCCAACGAGGCCCACUGCAAGCGCAUCGGCCACCAGCUCAAGGAGUUCUGUGAGCUCCCGCAGGACCUCUCCAUCGGCUACCAGGUCCACGCCGAUUGCAUCAAGCGUAACCGCUCGUUCACCAACCGCGACCGCUACACCGUCUAGCUCUUCCUGCCUCACCUCGUGGUGACUGUAAUGAACCCUCAAGUUGUCUAUG